GAAGAAGAGGAAACAGCUGAGAAGUGAGGCUAAACAAAAGACAGAAAUAACGGCAGUUUCUCAUUGGUUUACAUCUGUAGUUGAUGCCUUUUUUUGUUUUCAAGAAGUUUGCGUUGUAGCUCUUUUUGAUUUCUAAGCAGCGGGCAUGUCAGCUGUGUUAAACUGGGAGCUAAGCUAACAGCUGGAUAGCUCUGUUCUUUUAACUUGUUAGCCCUGAUGAGGGUAGCUAACUACGCCCUCAGAGUGGUAAACAAGGCUCCCCAUCUCACCCUGUGUUAGCUGGCCUCUUUACAACAGCACAACAGAAUGACAGAGGAUGCCAUCCUGCUGAAAGUACCCGUUAUUCGGCAGCGGUACCACUGGGACUGUGGCUUAGCCUGCUCCAGGAUGGUUCUGAAGUAUCUGCACCCUGUGAGUGAGGAGGAGUUUGUCAGAGCUUGCCGUGAGCUGCAGCUGACAGAGAGUGUGUGGACCAUUGACCUGGCCUACCUCAUGUGCCAUCUGGGAGUCAAACACUGCUUUUGCACCCAGACUCUAGGCGUAGAUAAAGGCUUCAAAAAUCAGUCCUUCUAUAAGAAGCAUUUUGACACAGAAGAAGACAGAGUAAACAGACUCUUCCUCAAAGCAGAAAGCAAAGGUGUGGUAGUAAAGAAAUGUUCAGUGACAGUCCAGGAAGUCCAGUCCCAUCUAGAGCAGGGUCACGUGGCCAUAGUGCUGGUCAACGCCGUUGUCCUGAUGUGCGAGUCAUGCUCUUCCCCUGUCAAAUACUGCUGCUUCCUACCUGUGGGACAGAAGUGUUUCUGCCGGAAGCCAGAGUACCAGGGUCACUUUGUGGUUGUGUGCGGCUUCAACAGGACCUCUGGCUGCAUCUUCUACAACAAUCCAGCAUAUGACGACCGGGUGUGCUGCACCAGCGUCAGUAACUUCGAAGAGGCCAGACGGAGCUAUGGAACAGACGAGGAUAUCCUGCUUGUCUUCAAACAGAGCUGAUGGACAGCAAAGAUGAUCUUGGAUUUUAUCAAUACACCAUCAGAUGACAGCAGUGUUUGGUUUUAUCGCCACAAGCUCAGCAUUUUACCCCGAUGGAUGUAAAUGUUCACUUCAUAAAAGAAGACAAAACUACUCAAACAUUCUCAUCUAAGACGGAUUAUUUUUCUACUCCACUGCAUUAGUUCAUAUGAAUUGUCUCUAUUUACUGUCUUAGCCUGUAGCUGUUCAUGAUGGAUCCAUUGAGCAGCUAAACUCAGAGGAAUAUUAAACUUAUUCACCUUUGGAUGAAUUUGGGGAAACUUGGCUUUGAAUGUGAAUAACCAGGGAUGACGUGGACAUUAUUCAGGGUCUACCAUAACGACUUACAGUGUUGUGCAUUUAAUCUUUUUGUUGUGUUCAGCUACUCAUCUUUGCCCCCCCCAAAUCUGUGGAAAGAUCCAAACUUCCUUUACAUUCAAAAGAUCUAAGGGCAGGGAACCAGACAGCAGCAGUGUUGUGAUCAUCUCAGGUAAUCAAAGCUCUGAAGCUCGCCAGCGCUGGACCAAUGCAAUAUUCUGUCUGCCGGACUCUGAACACGGAGAAACAAGUUUGUCAGUUCCACUCAAUCGAGGAGAAACAACUAAAAGAAAACUUUCUGUCUGAUGCUGCAGAAUGGAUGGAUACGCUGUUGCUCAUAUGGGUUACAUUAAACUCUAGGCUAAUUUUCUCCUUCCCUUUUGGUUUUAUUUUUAUUUAAGUUGUGGGAAUGUAUACAUCCUUGCACUACAUUUUUCAUACCACCCUCGGUUGUGUUAUUUAAAAGAAAAUCUUUUUCUAGCGCUGCAAUUUGUCACUGCCGUCUCGUUUUGCUCUGAUGAAAACAAAUGACA